AUGUCAAAAGCAAUUAAUCAAAACACUCCCCAAAAUCCUUCAAAAUGUGGCGAUGAUGACCACCAGUGUUCAUCAGAAGCAGAUGAAGAUGUUUUUCAAGAUCCCACGUCAUCAGAUUAUCAAAGCUUCUCUAAUUCAACCCCAAGAAGACGAAAGAAAAAACCAAGAAGAAGACGAAAAUGCAAAAAAUCGCCGUUUUCAUCGGACGAUCCUUCGGUACGUAUGGCAAUGUACGUCGCCAUGGCCCAUGCAGGCCUCGUUUUAACCUUAAUUCUCCUCUUCGGCCUCACCAAGCUCCUUCAAAACUACUGGCGGCCGAUCCAAUGGGCGAUCCUUUGUUCCAUGCCUUUACGCGAGCUUCAAACGUUAAUGGUCGCAUUUUGGGAACACCCUCUUUGCCUAGGCCUUUUCGAAACCCUAAUCGCCAUCCCGAUCGCCAUUCUAAGCGCCACCACCGCCUCUAUCCUCGACUCGCAUGCCGCAUUCCUCCACCUCAUCAGUUACCGCUCCUCCUCCUCCCCGCGGCGGGCGGCAUCCGGUCGUAAAAAAGCACGUGUAAUUGGUUUCUCCAAGCUUAUGCAAUGGCUUGUCACUUUUGGCCUUUUCGUUAUUGUUUAUGAGAAAAUAGGGUUCUUCUCUAUCCCUGCUAUUACAGUUCCUUGCCUUUUAGCCUAUAUAUCUGGUUUUGCGGUCAUUAUUAAGCCUGGCCUUGCUUCGACUCUCUCAAGAAUCUCAUCGGCUCGAAAAAGGAGAAAAUUAAAUUAUACUAUUCAGAAUCAUAGAAGUGUCUCAUUCUUUGGCAAGUUAGAUCAAAAGAUUACUUCAAUUUUGUUCAAUAGAUUGAAUACAAUAGUGGGAAUUGGACUGAUUUUGUUUUUGAUCCUAGGGUCAUUGUUGGGGUUUCUUAUCUUUUCUUAUAAGAUUGCCAUUGAAGGAAAAGAAGCGGUCAUUUCAUUGAAGAUUCACUUGGAAGAGAACAAUUACAGUGAGAUAAUUGGGAUUAACAAAUGGAUUGAUGAGAAUCAAAUCCCAGAGUUAAUCGAUAGCUAUAUGUCUAAGUUUUAUGAAACUUUUUCACAAAACAUUGAUUCUUUAGCUGUUCAACACAAUGUGACAGAGAUUGUCGAUGGUUUCAAGCAGUAUUUCGUGUCGACAUCAACAGUUAUAGCAAUAAAUAAUGAAAAAGUCUGCUGCAAAAGGCCUGUAUACGAGACCCUUCAUAGCAUUCAAUCAAAAGUGAAAAAAAGAGACUGGAAAUCCAUUUAUGGAGACAUCAAUGGCGUGUAUACGAAACUCAGGUCUUUGAUAGCUAAUAAGGAUUUGUUAGCCAAAAUCAAAGAGUUUCUGCUCCGAAGCUUGGAUUCAACGAAGAAGAUUCUUUCAAGCUGUUCAACGGUGUUGGCAACCGGUGUAAAUCUCUUGUUCUUCGUGUUAAUCCUCAUCGUUUCAGGCGCAGCUGGAUUGGUGAACUUCAUAUUCGAACUAAUGGUGUUUCUGUGGCUUUUGUAUUAUCUGAUAACUUCGGAUUCAGGAGGGGUAAUGGAUCACGUUCUAGGAAUGUUACCGGUUUCGAAAUCGACCCGAAACCGAUGUGCUCAAGUUCUCGAUCACGCCGUCAGCAGUGUAUUAUUAGCCACUGUGAAGCUCACAUUGUUCCAAGGGUGUUUUACUUAUCUAUUGUGCAGAUUUUACAGGAUCCAUUUCCUAUAUAUGUCGACAUUUCUAGCUAUUUUCAAUGCUCUGUUGCCAAUAACACCGGCUUGGAUCUCGUCGAUACCGGCGACGACUCAAUUGGCGAUGGAGUCGAGAUAUAUCGAAGCUAUCUUACUUACAACGGUUCAUAUGAUAUUUUUGGAUUAUGGAACGACAGCUAUCCAACAUGAGAUUCCGGGACAUAAUGCUUACUUGACCGGCCUAAGCAUCUUUGGCGGCAUUGCUUUUUUCCCAUCCAUUUUAGAAGGAGCAAUUAUGGGACCUUUAGUGAUGACAGUGAUCAUUGCUUUGAAGAAUCUUUAUGUGGAAUUUGUUCUCGCCUUUUGAUGCUGAAAACAGUCAU